AUGGCCAACGUAAAGAGGGCAGCUAGUGAUACCGCCGACGCAAUUAAGGGAGUGAUCGACGCCUUCCAGCAACAUAUACGCGAGCUUAAGGCUUUGGGACGCCCAGUGGAAUUUUGGGACGAUUGGCUAGUGUACGAACUAGUCAAUAAAUUAGACUUCGAGACACGAAAGCAAUGGGAGCUAUCACUCGUCACUGAUGAGCCUCCGACAUUCGAACAGCUGUUCACAACGCAUCGCUACUCAGUAACCGCGGACAUUGCGAAAAUGUACCGCCAAAUAUGCAUGUCCACGAAAAACCUCGAUCUACAACGCAUUGUCUGGCGUCGUGGCCCGACGUCCUACUUAGCCGGUAAAUCGCUGCAACAAACCGCAAAAUAUUCGUCACACAUUUGUGAGAAGGCUGCUGCCGUCAUCCAUAAGGACUUUUACAUGGAUGAUCUCCUCACUGGUGCGUCUUCUAAAGAAGAGCUGCUAUGUUUACAACGAAACGUCUCCGAAAUACUGAAGGAAGGGGGCUUUGAACUUCGAAAAUGGGCGUCUAGUUGUGCGGAACUUUUUGAAAAUGUUUCGAAUGCAUCGGAAAAUAUAUCACACUACCUAGUCGAUAGUAAAGAUAUCCAUGCCUUGGGCCUGAUAUGGAAUACAGAGGUGGACUACUUCACGUUCUCAGUUAAUCUGAAUCAACCACCCACUAUUUUAACGAAGAGAACAUUCUUGUCUGAUGCUAGCACGCUUUUCGACCUACUGGGUCUGCUCGCUCUAGCGACCAUAAGAUCAAAGAUGUGGUUUCAGGAGAUCUGGCGUAUGAGUGUCGGUUGGGAUGACGUUCUUCCAGACUGCAUCCCAGCACAGUGGCGACAACAUCGCUCGGAAUUACUACUGCUAUCAAGUUUAAAGAUAACUCGCUGGUUUGGCUCAGGAGCAGGUGAGUCGUUCACUGAGCUACAUAUUUUCGCUGACGCUUCCGAACGCGCUUACGCUGCCGUAAUGUACGCGCGCACAGUACACAACAACGGCAGUAUUACUGUCGUGCUGAUUUCGUCGAAGACUAAGGUAGCACCACUUAAAACAAACCCUGCCACGCUUAGAAUUGUGCACUGCACAUCUUGCUGCUAA